UCGCCAUACGCUUGCCUCUCUAUCUCAGAAGAUAGCACUGCAUCGUCUCUACUCGAAUCGAGAAGUCAAACAUGGAGACCACUUUCUGGAAUGCCCACGGGCGUGCCCUGGGUGGUUGUAUCGUUUCCCACCAGAAAACCGAUGUCCAUGCUCGAAAUCUGUCUGUUCCAUCAUCUGGGUCAUUCCUGAAGCUCCAUAAGAAGCAAUGGAACGGGGCGGAUAUUGGGCUAGCGGCCCGGUGUGCAAGUUCGUCGCCAGGUCCUGGUCCCGUGGCGGAGCUGGUGGAAGAAAGGGAAUGGAACGAGAUGAGGAAUUGGUCAGAGAAAUGCAGGGUGCAAGGAGUGGCGGAGUUGUUGGAGUGUCUGGAGAGAGAGGCGAUCAUGGGAGAUGACGAAGGGAAAGAGCCGACGGAUUACAGCAGGAGGGCUCGAAUCUUUGACAAGAGCUCCGAGGUUUUCCAGGCUCUCAAGGAACGUGAGACACAGACAGCUUCUCACUAACUUUGGACACGUGGCUGGACGAUGCUGACAGCUUUUGUUGAUUGUAAUUCAGCUCCUUUCCCUUUCAAUAAUUUCGAAAGGUUGGGUAAGAAAAAAUACCUUUGCCUAUAGAGAAAACCAAUGAUGCGGUUCGAAAGUGUGCUUUUUAUUUUUCUUUUUCAGAAAGUGAACAAACUGUUUCUCGGCAGUUGCAUGCUUCUAGUCGAAAAGUAAGUCUUUUUGCCUUUA